AUGCAGCGCGCUCUGCCUAUGCAACCCACUGUGGUCCUCCUGAAGGAGGGCACAGACACUUCCCAAGGCAAAGCCCAGCUACUCUCAAACAUCUCGGCAUGCCUCGCCAUCUCGGAAAUGCUGUCGAGUACGCUCGGUCCAAGAGGAAUGGACAAAUUAAUUGUCUCGGAACGCGGAGAGGCUCAGAUCACUAAUGAUGGUGCAACUAUCCUGAAACUACUCGACAUCGUACACCCUGCGGCGAGGACACUUGUCGAUAUUGCGCGCGCCCAGGAUGCUGAGGUUGGCGAUGGCACCACCAGCGUAGUUCUUUUGGCUGCGCAGAUGCUGAAGGAAGUGCGGGGUUACAUCGAAGAGGGUGUCAGUCCACAAGUCAUCAUGAAGGGGUUCCGACAGGCUACUCAGUUGGCUAUCGAUCACGUCAAAUCUAUCCAAGUAACAGUCGACAAAACGGAUCCAGAAAAAUUCCGCUCUCUUCUUCUGAAGUGUGCUGCCACAUCAAUGUCUUCGAAGCUGAUACAUUCAGAAAAACCGUUCUUUUCUGAAAUGGUAGUCGACGCCGUCCAAUGUCUGGACCAAGACGACCUAGACGAGUCUCUGAUUGGCGUCAAGAAGAUCCCUGGUGGCGGCAUGCAGGAUUCCCUCCUCAUCCGCGGUGUUGCGUUCAAGAAGACGUUCACUUAUGCUGGUGCCGAGCAGCAGCCAAAAUCAUUCCAUGAUCCACUGAUUGUCAGUCUCAACGUGGAACUCGAGCUGAAGGCAGAGAAGGACAAUGCCGAGGUCCGCGUGGAGGCGGUAUCAGACUACCAGGCCAUUGUCGACGCAGAGUGGGAGAUCAUAUACCGAAAGUUGAACGCGAUCGCGAAAACUGGCGCAAAAGUCGUCCUCAGCAAACUUCCUAUCGGUGAUUUGGCGACCCAAUGGUUUGCUGAUCGCGACAUUUUCUGCGCCGGUCGUGUGCCCGCCGCCGAUUUGCAGCGAGUCGUGCAAGCCGUCGGUGGUUCCAUCCAAUCCACUUGCUCCGAUAUCAGGCGCGAGCAUCUAGGCACCUGCGGCAAAUUUGAAGAGCGGCAGAUCGGUGGCGAGAGGUACAACGUCUUCCAGGAGUGCCCCAAGGCCAAGACAUGUACGCUUCUACUCCGCGGAGGCGCGGAGCAAUUUAUUGAGGAGGUUGAGCGCAGUCUGCACGAUGCAAUCAUGGUCGUGAGGCGGGCCGUGAAGAAUGGCGACGUUGUGGCCGGCGGAGGCGCCAUUGAGAUGGAUCUGUCAUCGCAGAUACGCAAACACGCGCUCUCAAUUCCAGGCAAGCUCCAGCUCGUCAUGAUCGCCUUCGCCAAGGCCCUUGAGAUCAUCCCUCGUCAAAUUUGCGAUAACGCCGGUCUUGACUCUACCGAUAUCCUGAACAAGCUGCGCAUGAAGCAUGCAAAUGGCGAGCGAUGGUUCGGUGUCGACGUCGAUGGCCCAGAGGGUGUCCGGGACAACAUGGAGGCCUUCGUCUGGGAGCCCAGCCUCGUGAAAACCAACGCGAUUAGCAGCGCCGCUGAGGCAGCAUGUUUGAUUCUCAGUGUUGAUGAAACGGUUCGGGGUCCUCAGAGCGAAGCUCCCCAAACAGGUCCAAAAGCACCCCCAGGCAUGGCGACAGUUCUGCUCACUAAGCCUCUACAAACGGAGCAGGAUGAGCCUUUCAAGGAGGAUGGCAAAAUCAGCCCGUCCGUGAGCGUAUCGGAUAUCGUUCCGCUUGGGGCACCUAUCGAAGGCGACUCUCGGAGACACUUCUGGCGACGAAGGAAGGCUGACUUGGACACCGUCGCGACCCAACCGUCUGUGUUCGACGAUCCGGCUACUUUGGAGCUCUAUCGUCCUCCAGCGGUGUACGAAAACGCUCAUCGAUUUGACCCGGAUGCUCGCUGGACUUGGCGCGAAGAAUAUCGCCUCGUUCGGAAGAUCGACUGGCUCAUCAUGCUUUGGGCGUUCAUCAUGUUCUUUAGUCUAGAUCUGGACCGCGCGAAUAUAUCCCAAGCCAACACCGACAAUUUCCUGAACGAUCUGAAGAUGACGACGAACGACUUCAAUCUCGGCAAUUCGUUGUUUAAGAUAUGCUUCUUGAUCGCUGAGCUUCCGUCGCAGCUUGUGUCGAAGAGAAUCGGACCCGACAUCUGGAUACCUACUCAGAUGAUAUUAUGGAGUUUUGUCUCACUGGCUCAGUUCUGGAUCAACAGUCGUGGGUCAUUCUUGGCAACCCGAUGCUUGUUAGGAUUCAUGCAAGGCGGAUUUAUUCCGGACGUGAUCUUAUAUCUUUCAUAUUUUUACACAAAAACUGAGCUCCCCAUUCGUCUUGCUUGGUUCUGGGUCUCGAACUACAUGGCCCAGCUGAUUGGAGCAUUCAUGGCGACCGGUAUUCUCCGUAUGAGAGGCGUUAACGGGAAAGCUGGAUGGCGUUACCUCUUCCUCAUUGAAGGAGGAUUGACGCUAUUGGUCGGCGUCAUCUCUUAUUUUAUGAUGCCGCCGAGCCCGACUCAGACUAAAGCGUGGUAUCGUCCCAAGGGUUGGUUCAGUGAACGAGAAGAGAUCAUUCUGGUAAACAGAGUUCUCCGCGAUGAUCCUUCGAAGUCCGAUAUGCACAAUCGCCAGGGGCUGACGCCGAAGAGGAUCUAUGAGGUUCUGAAGGACUGGAGACUGUGGCCGCUCUAUAUCCUCGGCCUUGUACACAUGAUUCCCGUCAACCCUCCACAAACAUAUUUGACAUUGUCGCUUCGGCACCUUGGGUUUAAUACCACUAUGUCUAAUCUUCUCAGUAUCCCGUCCAUCGUCCUCGGCAUCGUCACUCUUUUGAUUGCCUGCUACCUGAGCGAAAUCGUUAACAGUCGUGUGGGAGCCACCAUCAUUCUACAGUUCUGGGCGCUUCCGCUGCUUAUCGCGCUUUAUACGUUCAAUAAGCACACCUCGCAAUGGGUGUACUUUACGGUCGUCACAUUGAUCACGGGCUAUCCAUACGUCCACCCCGUGCAAGUGGCAUGGGCGUCGACGAACUCGUAUAGCGUUGGAACGCGAACGGUAUCUGCUUCCAUUUACAACAUGUUCGUCCAAGCAGGGGGCGUUGUUUCUGCUUACAUGUAUCAAGCUGAUGAUGCGCCGCUCUAUAAACGAGGAAACAGGGCAUUGAUUGGAAUCACUGUGAUGAACAUCUUCAUAUACGUAUUCACAUUCUUUUUCUACCGGGGUAUCAAUCGUUGGAGGGAGAGGAAAUGGAAUUCCAUGAGUCCCCAAGAACAACAGGAGUACCUGGACACCACUACAGAUCAGGGCAACCAGAAGUUGAACUUCCGGUUCGCGUAUUGA